AUGCCUGCUAUAGAUACAAAACGUCUUUUGCGUUUGUUGCCGAAAUCGAAAGAAGAACACUCAGAAUGUGUCUCCCGACUACGAUAUGAGGUGAUGUUAGACAAAAUAGAAUCCGACGCAGAUGGAAAUUCUCAUGUACGUCCAUACAUUUGGAGCAUCUUGUUAAACUCUCCCCCUCGUAGUGCUGAUGAGUACAUACACUACGUUCGUCAGGGCCCUUCUCCCAUGGCUCAGAAAAUACAAAAUGAUGUCUCUAGAACCUUAGUUGUUGAAGCAAGGUUCCACUCCCGCGUAUCCCAAUCUUCCCUAUCCCGUAUAUUGAAUGCCUAUGUUUGGAAGCGAGGCGCCAUCUACGUCCAAGGAAUGAACGUACUCGCUUCUCCUUUUUUGUACGUUUGCAAAAGCGAAAGCCAAGCAUUUCACCAUUUGGAUCGGCUCUUACAGCGUGAGUGCCCUCAAUACGUUUUGCCCAAUAUUGAUGGAGUUCAUAGAGGAGCCAAGCUUCUUGAUAAAUGCCUCGAAACGGUUGACUAUCCUCUUUACUCUCAUCUUUUUUCUAAAGGCUUAACUGCCAAACUAUAUGCUUUACCUUCCAUUCUUACUUUGAGCGCAUGCACUGCACCUCUUACAGAAGCGCUAGCAAUUUGGGACUUUUUGUUUGCUUACGGAACCCAUCUUAAUAUUCUAUGUGUUAUUGCACAAUUACUUCUUUUUCGCGACCAACUGAUCAAUCAUUCAAGCCCAAUGCAUCUUUUACGUACUUUUCCUGAAUUAGACGCUGAAAAGAUAACGGGACUUACUGUUGUCCUUAUAACUAAAAUACCGCAGGAACUUUAUAAUCUAUUAGCGCGCCAUUCCUGGGAUCCGGAAGCAGGGAUAGUAAUCGAUCGUUUAGAACCAAAUCGGCAUUAG